AAGAAGGCUUUGUUUAUCUCUGACGAACUUUGACCUCGACAAAUUGGACGUGCGCAGAAGCCAACCUAGAAGUGGUCCAUUGAAAGGUUAAUAGCGCGACCUCCUGUACUGUAGAAUGUAGUAUGGACCAUUGGACAGGACGAAGAAGUCCUGUUAAGAAGCUGUGGAGGCCUAAGAUGCUCUACUAGUCUGCUGGAAAUACGAAGAAGACGAAGGAGUAAAAAGCAAAAUGGCGUUUGACAGAGAAGGCCUAAACGUCGCCACUGGCCAUUAUUGUUUCUGUAUUUGUAUUUAGUGCAUAUAUGUACGCAUAUAUGUCGUGUAGUAGAUGAAACAUUGUUAGUAAUGGUUUGUAUCCGGUUACAUUAGUCUGAGCGCACUUUAUCGCGUCUUGUGCUAGCUUAGCUUGCUAGUUAGCUUAGCUUGUUAGCUGCUAACAAAGAGACGCGGACGUUAUCAACACAUCGCUAAGUAGAGAUCAAAUGUGAGUGUAAAGUGUUGUGAUUGUGUGAAAAUGUGCGAAAGAACGAUGGCAAAGUAUGAGGAGGAACUUUGUCCAACAAAAGAGGAGAAGGAGCGACAACAUCAACUACUGGACGCUGUUUUCAAGAAACAUCAGGUUGUGUUACACACAACAGACGUCCAGCAGCCCCCCCACAUUAAAGAGGAAGAGGAGGAUCCACAGCCCACCCACAUUAAAGAGGAAGUAUGGAUCACUCAGGAGGGAGAGUGUCUUCUAGGGCAGGAGGACGAUGAUCUCACCAAGUUUCCACUGACUGUUGUCUCUGUGAAGACUGAAGAGCAUGAAGACAAACCACCUGAGUCCUCACAGCUUCAUCACAGUCCAAACGUCUGUGAAGAACAUCUUCUCUCUGAGCAACAGGAGUGGAGCUUCAGGAUGGCGAAGGAGGAGCCACAGCCCCCUUACUUUAAAGAGGAAGACGAGGACCCACUCACCCCCCACUUUAAAGACAAAGAGGAGGUGCCAGAGACCCCAUACUUAAUAAAGAAAGUGAAGGAUCCACUGACCCCCAACAUUAAAUGGAACAAGGAGGAACCACUGACCCCCCACUUUAAAAAGGAAGAGGAGGCGCCACAGACCUCCCACAUUAAAGAAGAGGAGGUGGAACACAGCAUCAGUCAGGAGGGAGAUCAUCUUGAAGGACUGGUGGAGUUCCCAGUGACUGGUGUGCCUGUGAAGAGUGAAGAUGAUGAGGUCAAAGGUGAAAGUGAGGAGAAGAAAGAGGCGGAGCCUCCAAGCAGCAGCUCAACACAACACAUGACAACAGAAGCUGAUGGAGACCACUGUGGAGGAUCACAAGCAGACAAGCUCUUAGCUCCACUAUCAGAUAGUGAGGACACAACGUCACACUCUCCUGACACUGAUGAUGAAGACUCUAAAGAUGAUAAGACAUUUCACACUGACAACACCCACUUGAAAUGUUCUCACUGUGACAAAACCUUUAAAUACCAUUGUCAUCUGAAAAGACACACGAGUACACACACUGGAGAAAAACCGUUCACCUGUUCAAUCUGUAGUAAAGGUUUUUUAGAGAGUUGCAAUUUGAAAGUACACAUGAGAACACACACUGGUGAAAAACCUUUUAUCUGUUCAAUCUGUAGUAAAGGUUUUUCUCACAGUCAGAGUUUGAAAGUACACAUGAGAAUACACACUGGUGAAAAACUUUUUUCCUGUUUAACCUGUGGUAAAGGUUUUACACAAAGUCAGAGUUUGAAAAAACACAUGAAAAUACACAGUGGAGAAAAACCUUUUUCUUGUUCCAUCUGUGGUAAAGGUUUUACAGAAAGUGAAUAUUUGAAAGUACACGAGAAAACACACACUCGUGAAAAACCUUUUUCCUGUUCAACCUGUGGUAAAAGUUUUACACGAAGCCAGUGUUUGAAAAGACACAAGAGAACACACACUAGCGAAAAAUCACAUUCCUGUUCAAUCUGCAACAAAAGCUAUUGUGACCGAUCAAACCUUGUAGUACACAUGAGAACACACCCAGGAGAGAAAGUGUUGAGUUGCAGUGUGUGUGGUGAAAGAUUCUCUUAUAAGUACCAGUGUAAGAAACACAAGUGCUGGUGAGAACAGCAGCAGCAAAUGAAACUGCAGGAUUUGAAAUAAACUAGCAAGACUUUAAUUUUGACUUUCUAACAACAUCAGCACAUAGAACAUGUGUGACAUUGUUGUUUGUGUAACAAUCUUUUUAAUAUGCUUCUACAUUUAUAGAUUACAUAUUUUAUAUAAGUGCUUUUUUCAGUCAAGUACAUGCAUUAAUAUGCAAAAUUGUGUACUUUUAUUAAAAAUGGAACAGAACACUUUGAAAAGGUGAGAGUAAACAGUACAAUACAGAUUUUACACACAAUAAACAUUUGAAUUAUUUAGUGAAGUGAAUUAUAUUUAUAUAGCGCUUUUCUCUAGUGACUCAAAGCGCUUUGCAUAGUGAAACCUAAUAUCUAAGUUACAUUUAAACCAGUGUGGGAGGCACUGGGAGCAGGUGGGUAAAGUGUCUUGCCCAAGGACACAACGGCAGUGAGUAGGAUGGCGGAAGCGGUAAUCGAACCUGGAACCUUCAAGUUACUGGCACGGCCACUCUACCAACCGAGCUAUACCGCCCCAAUUUUAUGUGUGUAUAUAUAUUCAUAAUACAAUUUUAGACUUAUUCAUCAUAGUGUUUUUAUAGGUGUUUGAAAUAUUGAAGUAUUACAUAUUUUUAUUUCUAAUUGUUAAUUAUAUACAUAUGUACUGGUUCACAUCUGAAACAUCUUCUGGACCACUUCAGGAAUUAUUAUUUACUUUAUACAUCAUUUGAACAGUUGUCUUUUAUACUAUUUUAAAAUGUGUGAUUUUAUGAAUCAUUUGUUGGGUCUCUAUGAUCCAUUUGAUUAAUUAUCUUUAUUACUCUAUUUUGUAAAAUGAUGAUUGUGUUGUGUAUGUUUUAUAUGUAUGUCCCCAGACCUUUAUGCAAUAUAAAAGUGAGAGAAAAUGGCUGAAUUGUUUGUGGAAGGAUGGUAUUGUUUUUACAAACUUUCAUUUGUGGAUAA